UCUGUAUCCUCACGCCGACGGAGAUGGAAGGGCUGCUGAAGCGCGUCGCCGUUUUGCUCGUUCUCGUUUCGUUCGGGCACGCGGUGAACCUGCGGCAGGAAUGCGACAUCGGACUGCAGGUUGGAUGCCCGAGCGAGGCCGACGAGCAGCCGUGGGUGUCCUGCUCACAGGUCUCCUGCUCGGUCACCACUCAGAACACCUGGUUCAUUGGAGCUCUGUACAAGCGCGUGGACUGCCUGGAAGCAGACGGUAAAAUGGUGAAGGUUGAGUACCAGAGGCAAGGGAGACUGUCGUGCUCUCUCGUUCCCAUCCAGACAAACGAGCAGCUCCUCGCAGAGUACUUGGACCCGAGCAGCGUCUCCUGCGGCCCGCCCCCGUCGGCCCCUGACGCCCGCCGCCAACUUCCCUGAACUUCCGGACAAGAACUCGAAAUUAGAUGUUGUCGUGCACGAAUAGUUAUAGUUAAUUUAACAUACGAGUUCUAUUGCUUUUGCCUGAUCCACCUGGCACAGAAGUAAAUGGUAACCAUGUGAAUUUGGUCUGACUACCUUGCAAAGUACUAUAGCAGAAUUUACCUAUUUAAUAUCUUAAGAAAUCCAUGGGAUGCCAUCAUAAUACAUAGCAUGUGGAGAAAUAAUGGCUGCAACAAAUAUCUGGAUAUAUAUGAACGACAUAUUGUACUGAAAUAUGAAAAUGUUGAUAAAGAUACAUUAAACUGUUUAAUAUUU